AUGGUGACUGACCCGGAGCCCGAAGCAUUGACCACAUCCCUCGGCAGCUUGACCUUUGAGCUCUAUCGCGGGCCGUCGGACCACAACUCACCCAAGGCCAACGAGCGAACUCUUGAGGUGGCCCUGGGACUGUGGUUCAUGCGCCGCAGCUUGUCGCGGCUUUCCAGCAUUGGCCAGUUGCCGUUGGAGCUGGGCGACGUCCUGGGCCACUACUGGCCGACAGAGGACCGGGUGGACGGCCGCUAUCUGCCGUGGCAGCUGGCCGAUUUGGGAUCGAACGGCCAGGAUGCGACCUCGAUGUCGUUUGUGGGCAGACACUUGCUGAGUUUGUCCACCGUGGAGCAUGUAGGCCAUGACAACGAGGGCCUGGCACACGUGAAUGGCUUCCGUACCAACGGCACACGUGAGAGCCUUGAAGAGUGGGUGAGAUCCUGGGACGAGGCGCCAUCGCUGCUGAGGCAGAUUGCGGCUGAAGCCGCAGAGUUCUUGGUCACUUUCCCCGUCGGCUUCAAUGCCCGACUGGAUGACGUGGUGGUCAGCUCACAGGAGCUGUGGCCGGUUAGUCGCGUGCUUCGCCGCGUGAAUGUGCAGAACCUGUGGGAGGAGGAUCCCAAAAGGAGCUUUGCCUACCACUACGACCUCCAGGAUGCAUAUCUGCCGGAGACCACAGGCCUUAUGCACCAUCCCGCGCUGCCGGGCGUUUAUCAGCAAGUUUAUGGUUCGGCCAUGCCUGCAAAGCUACAGCCGCCCUUCCAUCCUAGAUUUCGAUUCGCCAACGCCGUGUGCGUCGUGACGAAUGGCGGCAACUGGUUCGCCAAGCGUGUCGUUGAUCUGGAGCGGCAGACCAGCGAGUUCAACAUGGAGUGGCAGUCGGUGGAGGCGUCCUGA